UAUCCUUAUCAGUUGUUCACUUCACAACACGCAACACGACCAGCGUUUUUAAAAUUGUCCACUUUUGUUUUGCGGUAAAUAAUAAGUUUGAAGUAUCCAGAAUCUAAAUAUAUAAGUGAAUAAUCAUACGUAGAAGUAGAAAAUGUCAGAUGAUAACGCAACCAUCAUAAUCAUUACUCGGAAGAAGCUUCCUGGAAAUGGAAGUGAUGUAGAUUCAUCUGACGAUAUAUUUCGGCCAACAAAGAAGAAAGCACAGACACCAUCAAUUGUGGAACCUAUUGAUGGCAAAACAUCCAAAAAACGUCCACCAAGUCUUUUCAGUUGUAAUUCUUGUGAAGCUCAUUUUAAAGACAAGAGGAGCUGCACUCGUCACGAACGUAAUUUCCACAAUGAAAAUUCCAAAUUUUUAUGUGCUUACUGUGCAACUUCCUGCUCUUCCAAACAAGGUCUAGAUCGUCAUGAAUACAAGUGCCAAGUGAGCGCUGGUGUAAGGACCCAAUUUUUAUGUGUAUACUGUGCAGCUACCUUUUCUAACAAAUGGAGUUGUGACCGUCAUGAAAACAGUUGCAUUGCCAAUCCCGGUAAAAACCUCAACAAAUUUAUGUGUGUUCACUGUAAUGCAUCGUUCAUCAGAAAAGAAUCUGUAGCCAAGCAUCUACAGAUAUGUACAUCUAUUACUUCAAAACCUCAGGAGAGAGGAAAUAAAGUCCCUUGUUUAAUAAAAGAGUGUGGUGAAAAGUUUCAACACAAAACCAAGUUGAUCGAACAUAUGCGUUUAGCUCAUCAUGACGUAAUCACCAUCCAGCCCAAAAUAUCGAAAACUUUCCCAUCGAUAAAAGAGUUCAGAGCAUGGAAGGAAGAAGAGGAAGAAAACACAUUUUCCUAUUUCACUGCUCGGCAAGGGCAAAAACCGAAGAGCGCUGUGAAAUAUUAUUAUUGUCAACAUGAUGGCUCUGAAAAAAAUCAUGCUGAGCGAUUGUCAAGUCGACGCCGUAAGAUAGGAAGAGUGAGAGUAGGAAAUCAUUGCAUAGCUUUUAUGAGAGUCAAGGAGUUAGAGAACAAAUCUGUUCAUGUUGAUUACCAUCCAACCCAUAGCCAUGUAUGUAAGCAAGAAGAUGUGUUACGUCAUCCCAUACCUGCUGUCAUGUCUAAAUUCAUCGAUGAUAAACUGGCAGAAAAUAUACCACCAGACAUAGUCUACGAACUCACUAAAGAACGCUUUCUCUCCAAUCAUAACCCUGCUUUACCCACUAGAGCCGGUAAUCUCAACAGGAAAUUGAUCAAGGAGCGAGCACGGAAAAUGCUUAAGAAGCGUCAACCACUUGAAAUCAAGGCUGAAGAUUUUCCUCCCAGUAACGAAAAUUUUUAUAAUUUUGAAAGGGACAUGAUCCGUGAAAAAUCUGAGGAACAGCGAAUCUUCCUCCAUGAGCCAAACUCUGUACCGGGUAAUCUCAAGAAGAAAGCAGUUUCAGAUCAAGGACAGAGAAAGCGAAUGAAACGGCAGCAAGACAUGAAUGAUGUCAAAGCACUUGUUCCUGUCAACGAGAAUUUUUACAACUUCCAGACAGAUGAUUUUAUAGAUAAUGUUGCUGGUGAGAUUUUGGUUAGUCACACCAGUAGUAGAGAGGGCACUUUCGAAGUAAUAAAAAGCAAGUUAUCAUGUCUUCAAGAGCUCUUAGGUACAGUUGACAUUAGCCGAAUACCUGAGCAUACCCUUACCAAUAUGGAUGCAGUAUUAUCAGAUUUUAUAAACCAUUUGUCUGAAAAUCAGCAGGAAAAAUUUGAGAAAGUAAAGGUUGAAGAUCAUCUGUACUGCUCCUCCAAAAUCUAAUUUUUUUUUUUAUGAAUAGCUUCAGUAUAGAUUCUCAGGUGGUGAUGUGCCCAUCAUUCCAUCAGUGCAAAACGGUAAACAAUGCUGGCUUUAAAUACUUGACCAGGACUAUCAGGUCACGGUGCAUUGACCGUCUCCGAAGGAUGAAAUAUGGGUCUUAGUCCACUUCCUCUAGAUAAAUGGUACCUAUCAAACUGCCUUGACAACCAAAA